CAGAGUUGAAUGAUUGAACUUUCUUUUUUAGUUUCUGCAGCAGUGAGGUUCCCCUCGUAGUCCAGCACCAGACGGGUGCAUAGGAGCUUAUCCAGGCGUCUCUUGCUCCUUGUACUCCCCUUGUUCCCCCUCCCCACACACAAAGCGAUGGUGUUAAAGGAUCCAGGCGUGUUUCUGACCCUUUUCCUAUGGAUUACGGCUUCCUGGGGCUGUCUGGCUACAGCUGCGGGGCUUGGUGCUGCAGCCCGCAAGCAGGACGAGACUCUUUCUGCUGUCAGUGUUUACAGAGCCAGAUGCACCUCCAGGUGCCUUAGCCUGCAGAUCACUCGAAUCUCAGCCUUCUUCAAGCAUUUUCAGAACAAUGGUUCCCUGGUAUGGUGCCAGACUCACAAACAGUGUUCUAAGUGCCUGGAACCCUGCAAAGAAUCAUGGGAGCUAAAGAAAAAUCAAUGCCAAAGUUUUUGCGAGCCUCUUUUCCCCAAGAAGAACUAUGAAUGCCUAACUAGCUGUGAGUUCCUCAAAUACAUUCUGUCAGUGAAGCAAGGUGACUGUCCAGCACCAGAGAAGGCCAGUGGUUUUGCAGCUGCCUGUGUGGAAAGUUGUGAAAUCGACAAUGAAUGCUCCGGAGUCAAGAAAUGUUGUUCGAAUGGAUGUGGACAUACCUGUCAAAUCCCCAAAAACCUAUACAAAGGUGUUCCUCUGAAGCCCAGGAAAGAAUUACGAUUUACAGAACUUCAAUCUGGACAGCUGGAGAUUAAGUGGUCCUCAAAAUUUAAUAUUUCAAUUGAGCCUGUAAUCUAUGUGGUGCAGAGAAGAUGGAAUUAUGGAAUCCAUCCUAGUGAGGAUGAUGCUACAAAUUGGCAGACUGUGGCACAGACUACUGAUGAGAGAGUUCAACUAUCUGACAUAAGGCCUAGCAGGUGGUACCAGUUCCGAGUGGCUGCCGUUAAUGUGCAUGGAACAAGAGGCUUCACAGCACCCAGUAAACACUUCCGCUCUUCUAAAGAUCCUUCUGCUCCACCAGCUCCAGCUAAUCUCAGAAUUGCCAACUCCACUAUUAACAGUGAUGGAAGUGUGGCUGUAAGGAUUAUUUGGGACAUGCCGGAAGAACCUGACAUUCCUGUGCAUCACUACAAAGUCUUUUGGAGUUGGACAGUCAGCAGCAAGUCAGUUGUGCCAUCUAAAAAGAAGAGAAGAAAGACAACUGAUGGGUCUCAAAAUUAUGUGAUCCUGGAAAGUCUUCAGCCAAACAACAACUAUAUGGUGGAAAUACAGGCUAUAAGUUACUGGGGACAAGUACGCCUAAAAAGUGCUAAGGUGUCUUUUUAUUUCACUGCUACACAAGCAACAAGUAAUAAAGAUCAGCUAGGAAAAAUUAGAAAAGGAGUUACUGAAAUACUUCCUCCUUUUCAAAGAAGAAGACCUACUCGCCUUCUGGAAGUUGGCGCUCCUUUCUACCAGGACAACAUGCUUCAGGUUAAAGUCUAUUGGAAAAAGACUGAAGAUGCCAGUGUGAAUCGAUACCAUGUACAGUGGUUUGCAGAAUCAUGUGCUCAUAAUGAAACAAGUGGACUUGAGAAAGCAACUGGUCUGGCCCAUGAAAAUUAUAUAAUUCUUCAAGAUCUUGCUUUUUCAUGCAAAUAUAAAGUGACUGUCCAGCCAGCAAGACCCAAAGGUCGUUUGAAGGCAGAAAGCAUUUUCUUUACUACUCCACCUUGCUCUGCUCUGAAAGGGAAACACCACAAACAUAAUAGUUGCCCUGGUGAAGGAGGUCCACUUCUUUCCAAAGUGUUAGCCAAGCCUGAGAACCUGUCAGCGUCUUUCGUUGUUCAAGAAGUCAAUAUCACAGGACACUUUUCCUGGAAGAUGUCCAAGGCCAAUCUGUAUCAGCCUAUGACAGGAUUUCAAGUCACUUGGGCAGAAGUCACCACAGAGAGUAGACAAAAUAGCUUACCCAACAGCAUCAUUUCCCAGUCUCAGAUAUUGCCAGCAGAUCACUAUGUGCUAACUGUACCCAAUUUGAGACCAUCCACACUUUAUAGAUUGGAAGUACAAGUACUGACUACUGGAGGGGAAGGGCCAGCCACAAUAAAAUCUUUCCGGACACCUGACCUGCUACCAUCUUCAGCUCAUAGACCUCAUCUUAAACAACAUCAUCCACAUCAUUACAAGCCUUCCCCAGAGAAAUAUUAAAAUGAAAUGACUUUUAAAGUGAAAGAAUAUUGAACUACAGGAUAUUUGCAGGACAAAUAGGUACUUUCCCAUCCUUAUCAUGCCUAGUUGAAGUUACAAUCACAUAUAAUUCCUUAAUAAUUCUUUAUAGAUCUUUCCUCUAAUCAUGUGCCUGAAAUCCUGCAUGCCACAAGCAUCAUGACAGUAAUGUCCAUAUUCUGUGACUGAAGAUAUAAAACACACCUAUGUCAUUAUGAAGAAUAUGUCUAUUGUAAUUGAAAUUUUGUUUCCUAUUCUUAGACUGAAUACAAAGGGUGCCAAAUAUGUCUUUGAUGAGAUUUGGGAAAGACUCUUUGGAGAAAAGUGAUUUUUAUAUCUGACUGACCAAUUUAGAACAGCUUUGGAUAUAAGCAAAUGGGGAAGGAAUAAAUGCACUAAAAAACAAGAGCAGUUAGAGAGAUCGUAGUCUGGAAAAUACAUGAAUAGUAUUAAUUUAAGAAAUAGUAGUUGGGGGAAAUAAAUAUUUGACUAUUUUUCCCAAAUUAUAUGACAAGUGCUAUAAUUAGGCCACAUCCAUAUUAUUAGUUAAAGAUACCACUGGAAAAUAAUUUGUAUGUACUUAUAGUGAAUAGGUACAUGAAAUGAAGAUUUGCAUGCUAUACAUAUUCUUGCCAUUUCUACUCACCUCCUAAAAAUGUUUAAUAUUUAGCGUUAUAUUCUGCCCUACUUGAAUAUCCCAGUUAAUGUAGCUAAAAUUCUAUUCUGAUACCCACACCAAAUCCAGAUAAAUUCAUGUUAAUCAUGAAUUGACUAUUAUUGUAACACUAACUUAUUUUGGUGGUAACUAAAAUAUCAAAGUAAUUGAUUGAUUUAGUCCUAGGAAUGUUUCCCAUUCCUUCUUCAGGAAAUCAAUCAUUUCACUGUCUCCCAAUCCAGUAAUCGAAGUUUUCCUUAUGUCUAGGAAUUUAAACUCCCCAGUUGUGCAAUGUUAUUUAUUCUCUCAUUCAUUCAUUAAGUAAGAAGGAAAACUGCUACUUGCAUCCAUUUUCCGAAAAAUGUUCAUGUGAUUGAGAACAUGUUGUCUCAUUCUUAAAAUGAAAAUAUUUUUCCAAACUUUUUAUAAUGCUUCACACAAAAGCUUAUAUAGAUGAAUUUUUUUGGGGGGGAGGGAACAAAGUACUGUGCUUCAGUGAAUAAGAGAAAAAUAUUUAUCCUACAUUUGACUCAUCCUUGUGAGCUCUAUUGUUUUAUAUAUUCUUUUGUAUAAGUAAUUUUCCAUUUGAAUGAAUAAAAAAUUCCCCAAUCAUUCCCAAACAAGAUAAGGUCAAUUAAUGACAUUAUUACGAUAUCUAAUUGCUAUAGUAGGAAAAAAAAAGACUACAAUAUUUUUUCAAAAGGUACAUAUCAAAUGGACACAAAAAUUAAUGCAAAUAUGUACAUACAUAUAUAUUUACACACAUUCACACAUAUGCAUACCAUAUUGGAUAUAGUUCUGUACUGGGAAAUGCUGAAAACAGAUCAUGCAUCUGGAAAAAAAAAUACAAUCCCAGGAAUCCUGCCAAAGACAAUGAGAAUUAAUAAGAACUUAAUAAUUAAUUUCCCUCAAGGUUUUCUAUUGUUUAAGAAGAUAACUAUAUUUUUUCCCUUUUAAUGCACAACUUUCAUUUUGAAGUUUAUUGGGGAAAAUAUGUUUUAAGGUUUUAGGACAGCACAUUCUUAUUUCUUACCUCACAUAAAAAGUUAUCAAAUCUCAUUUAAUGAUGUACUUACGGGUACAAAGAAUUAAAGGAAUUGUUAUAGAUUUAGAAUUCAUGAAAUACACACACACACACACACACAC